AGUCUGAAAGAAUCAACUCACCUCUCAACUUCAGUUUCUUUUGUAUCUGAUACAUACAUAUAUAUAUAUAGUGAUUUUUUGAAAGCAAAAGACUGCCUUGUGAUGAUGGGUCAGGGUCACAAGCAUUUGCACGAGCUACUGGAAGAAGAUCAAGAACCGUUCUUUCUGAAGAACUACAUUGCUGAUAAGCGAAUUCAGCUCAACAGAGCCACUCCUGAAGCCGCUGUAUUACAGGCCAAGAAGCGGAAUUUCAUCGCCCAAAGCUCCAUUUCCAGGCGUAGUCUCUGCAAGCAGGCGUGUUUGUUCUCUUUCCAGGGCUCGCCCGACGUCAGGCAAUCUCCCUUCAUCGAUUUCCCGUCGCCGGCAGCUGUGAAGAGUCCUUGUAAAUGCCCGAAUUCCGUGCUUCUUCAUGUCCCCGCCGGAACUGCAGCUAUGCUUCUCGAGGCGGCGAUGAGGAUUCAGAAACAAUCGUUGAAUCCCAAACCCAAAACCCAGACUAAGAAUCCAGGAUUUGGGUUGUUAGGGUCGAUUCUGAUGAGGCUAAGCGGUAAGAAACGGUCACGUAAGGGAGAAACUGGAGGCAGAAAAUCAGCUGGAAAGGCCGAGGAAGUGCAGGAAAAUGCUGGAAAAGGUGCUUCGGAAAUGGGUUUUUCUUGUUCUUGCAGUAGCAGUGAGCAAAACCAUUCCGACCCGUCAAGCCCUUUCCGGGUUGCCCUUUGGAAGAGCCCCAGUUCCGGUGGCCGGACGCCCAAUGUCCCAUCGCCGGCGGCAUCUCCCGGUCGCCAAAACAAGCAGGAUAAUUAUGAAACCGAGGGCAUAGAAAAGACAAGCUUAGAAGAAGGCAAUGGUGAUCAGUGCAGUCCAGUAUCUGUAUUAGAUCCCCCAUCCGAAGAAGAUGGCAAUGGUGAUGGCGACGAGGAAGACGACAUGGAUUACCACCUCGAGACCAGCUAUGCAAUUGUACAGAGAGCAAAGCAGCAGCUGUUGGAGAAGCUUCAAAGAUUCGAGAAACUUGCAGAGUUAGACCCCAUUGAACUUGAGAAAGGAAUGUUACAAGAGCAAGGAGAUGAAGAUGAUAAUAAUGAUGAAGGCCUAGAGGAAGAGGAGAAGUGCGAAGAAGACAGCUCCCCUGCAUUCCAAAACCCGAACAACAAUACUGACAGGUUUGUCAGGGAAGUUCUUCGAAAAUCAGGCCUUGAUCAUGGUAAAGUCUCAGCAGAGAUGGCGCGGCUGGUGCUAGACCUCAUUGCCGAGGAGAAGGGAAGCCAAGAUCGCGGGGUUGAUGGCACUGAGGCCGCUCUGAAGAGGGUUUCGGAUAGCUUGAUUUGGUUGAAGGAGGUGGAAUAUAAGACCAUCGAUAUGAUGGUCGAGUUGGAUUUCAGAAAAGAGCUCGAGGGGUGGAGAGAAAUGGAUCGAGAGCUGGUGGCAGAGGCUGCAAAAGAGAUUGAGCUCACCAUAUUUGGACUAUUGGUGGAGGAAUUGUCAGAAGAACUAGAGAGCUAGUUUGAUCUUGACAACUGGAGUUUUUUUUUUUUUGGGGGGGGGGGGGAGGCAUCAUCAAAUUUCUCUUCAUCCAAAGUGGUUCUUGUUUUCGAAGAUGUUCAUUCAAGAAUCAAUCAUAGCCUGACUUGUAAGGAUAUGAAUUAGAUGAUAGAAAUAGAAAUGCUUGUCAUGUACAUGCACCAGUGUGUGCAGGGGAGGACCUGCAUUGCCCUUUGCUUAAUUAAUGAAGCAUCAAAGCAUCCAACCAUAGCUUUCCACAUUCAAAUCCCCUAUUCUGACAGUGUCUUGACACAAAUAAAAUUCUCUU